AUGAAUAAUCUCAGAACCUACAUUCCUAAAUAUCUAGUAGUAAGACAGGGGAUAAUAUUUGACGUUGAUAUUAAUUUAUCGGAAGACGAAAUAAUGGAAGUUAUAGAAUCUGAUUAUCCAGUAGUGGAAGUAAAAUGUUUAAAGUCAAAAAGAGGUAAUAACAUCAAUUAUAAAUCGCAAUGUGUGAAAUUAACAUUCAGGGGCUCCAAAUUGCCGGAGAAAAUUUCAAUAUAUUCAGUAAAAUGUAGGGUUAGUCCAUACAUUAAAAAAGUAGUGCAGUGUCAUAAUUGUUGGUUCUUUGGUCAUAUAAAAGAACAAUGUAAAAGUAAAAAAAGAUGUCCGAAAUGUUCAGAACAACAUGGAAUAGAAGCCUGUACUGAAAUUUUAAACUUGAAAUGCUGUUUAUGCUCCGGGAAACACGUUGCAAAUAGUACUGAAUGCCCGGAAUUCAAAAGGCAUAAAAGUAUUUAUGAAUUGAUGGGGACUCAUAAUAUAGCUUUUCAUGAGGCGAGGAAUAUUUUGCGAAAUGACAAAUAUUCAAGAGCUGUUAAAUUUAACCCUUACACUAUAGAUAAGGAAAAAGAUUUUCCGACGAUAAAAGAAAAAAGGAGGGAUGAAUACGGACUAGAAAAAAGUUACUGUGAUAAAAAUAAAUAUAAUGAAUUAUCAAAAUUAAUAGAAGAAGAAAAGGAUACAGAAGAAGAAGACAUAGUAUGGAUUAGAAAACCAAAAAGGUCACAUGUCAAAAAUGUAACAAGGGUAGGAGGUCAAGGUACGACUAAAGUACCUAAGUAUAAUAAUAUAAAUAAAGAGACGGAUAUUAAAAGGGUAAGUAAUAGAGAAAUAAUUAAUAGAAAAAGGCCGAUUAAAACGUCGGAAGAUGAUACGGAUCAAGAAGGAAAUGAAUCAAGAAAAGAAGAAAAAGAUCCACUCGAAAUUCUUAAGCAGUUAGUUACACAAAUUAAAAUAAUAAAUAAAUCUGACGAUUCUUCCAUAAAUAGAUUACUGAGUAUUGUGAUAAGUAAAUUGGAAAAAGAUAAGAGAACUACAGGAAGUUCAAUAAAAUAA